CAGAGUCGGAUGGCUGGGAGGUUUCAUACAGCCCAGAAACAAAGCCAGGAUUGAUCCUUGAGCUGCUUCGAGCGAGAAGUUGACUUCUACUUUUACUCUUUCAUUUCCUUGAGAGAAAACUAUACAAUCCAGCAGCUAAAUGAUGCAAAACAUCAAAUGCGUGGUGGUGGGUGAUGGAGCUGUUGGGAAAACUUGCCUCCUCAUCACUUACACAACCAAUGACUUCCCUGAGGAGUACAUUCCGACUGUCUUUGACAACUACUCGACCUCUGUGACCGUCGAUGGCCACGCUGUGAACCUGGGAUUGUGGGACACAGCUGGUCAGGAAGACUAUGACAAGCUGCGACCUCUCUCCUACCCUCAAACUGAUGUUUUUGUGAUCUGCUUUUCACUUGUCAGUCCUGCUUCUUUCCAGAACGUACGUGUCAAGUGGUACCCUGAAGUGAAGCGGCACUGCCCCAAUGCUCCCAUCAUCCUCGUGGGCACCAAGCUUGAUUUACGCGAUGACAAAGAAACCAUCGAGAAACUGAAAGAGAGGAACCAAGUCCCUGUUACCCAUGAGGAAGGCUUACAGAUAGCAAAGGAGAUCGGAGCUGCAAAGUUUAUUGAAAGCUCGGCCUACAAACAGAAGGGCCUAAAGACAAUAUUUGAUGAGGCUAUUCGUGCUGUGAUCUUCCAACCUGUGCAGAAGAGAAGGAUACCCUGCUGUAUUCUGUAGAAUAAAUAUCAAGAGGUUCUUUUUUUUUAAUGAGUUAAAUCUCUGGCCUUUUCUGAGACAUGGAGUGACCACAAUAGAGUUUGGAAUCGAUUGGAAUUUUCGUUGUCAACUUUUCUCCCUGCGUACAGCUGUGAAGGAGACUAUGCGCUCUUCAAUUAGUCCCACAAUCCCCCCCCCCCCCCCCGCCUUUCUCUGCCCCAUUGUUCAGCAAUAUUCUCCCCUUGUCCAAUCCCUUUUCAAAGUUACUGUCGAAUCUGCCUCCAGUCUCUAGUCAUUUUCACUAAUGUUCCUGUCACACAAGAUCACUGACAGUGCCAUUGGCCACGCUGGGAGGGAACGAGGCAUUGAAUUCUGUUGGGGAAAGCUUUCUUUUUCUCAAUGGCACUGAGACUUGUGGUUCAAAGUUCAAUGGUUAACAGGUAGGAAAAAGCUAUGGUAUAGAGAGCAGUUGGACAGUGCAUUCAAUCUCUCUGCCAAUGACUCCACUAAACCUGAUAGGUAUAACAUUUUUGUACGAACCCACAUAGUCAGUGACCCCACUGAAGCAAGCAAAAAAUAUUUGACAAACCUGUGUUGUGUGAUCCUUCUUAAAUUCCGAAUUAAUGUUUUACCUUGAUUGCUAAUGGUUGAGCAUUUUAUUCACUUA